AUGCGUAUUGGGCCCCUUUCCCUGGUGCUGGUUUCCUACGUGCACAUCCUCUGGGACAUCCUGAAGAUCCAGUCAAAGGAUGACCACAGAAAAGCCUUUUCCACUUGCUCAUCCCACCUCUGUGUGGUUGAGUCCUACUUUGGCAUUGCCAUGGUGGUUUACUUGGUCCCAGACAAUAGUGAACAAGAGGAGCAGCAAAAAAUCCUUUCCCUGUUUUACACCCUCUUCAACCCACUGCAGAACACCCCCAUCUACAGUCUAAGGAACGUUCAAGUGAAGGCUGCCUUCAACAGGGCGUUGCAGAAAAAGAGGAUGGGGAAUACGGGAGACAAUAUGACAUCUGUCACAGAGUUCAUCCUCCUGGGAUUUCCCCUUGACCCAAGGAUUCAGAUGCUUCUCUUUGAGCUCUUCUUCUUGUUCUACAUCUUAACCCUGCUGGGGAACGGGGUCAUUCUGGGGCUCAUCUCACUGGACUCCAGGCUGCACACCCCCAUGUACUUCUUCCUCUCACACCUGGCCAUGGUCGACAUAGCCUAUGCCUGCAACACAGUGCCCCAGAUGCUGGUGAACCUCCUGAACCCAGCCACCAUCUCCUUUGCUGGUUGCAUGACACAGACCUUUCUUUUUUUGACAUUUGCUGCCACCGAAUGUCUUCUCUUGGUGGUGAUGUCCUAUGAUAGGUAUGUGGCCAUCUGCCACCCACUGCGAUAUUCUGCCAUCAUGAGCUGGAGAGUCUGUAUCAACCUGGUAGUGACUUCCUGGACCACUGGAGUUCUUCCGUCUUUGGUUCAUCUAGUAUUACUUCUCUCUUUACCAUUCUGUAAACCCCAGAAAAUUAAUCACUUUUUCUGUGAAAUCACGGCUGUUCUCAAACUUGCCUGUGCGGAUACCCACAUCAACGAAAUCGUGGUGUCGGCUGGAGCAAUUUUUGUGCUAAUCGGACCCUUCUCAUCAAUUGUCAUCUCAUAUAUGUGCAUUCUUUGUGCCAUCCUUAGGAUCCAGUCAGGAGAAGUUCAAAGAAAAGCCUUCUCCACCUGUUCAUCCCACCUCUGUGUGGUCGGACUCUUUUAUAGCACAGCCAUUAUCAUGUAUGUUGGGCCCCGAUAUGGGAGCCCCCAAGGACAGAAGAAAUAUCUCCUCCUGUUUCACAGCCUUUUCAAUCCCAUGCUUAAUCCCCUGAUCUAUAGUCUGAGGAACAAAGAAGUGAAGAAUGCCUUGAAGAGAGAGCUGAGAAUAGAAAGAGCUUUAUGA